AUGCAGUUCUUCCAUACUCAACGGGGUGCCAAGACCUGUCUUAACGACAAUGACUUGCUUACCGCACGCUCGCCCUACUACGGUCAGAACGGUUGGGGAGGAACUAUCACCGGAUCAAACAUUCCUACUCAGCAGUUGUGCUGGGACAGCACCCUUGAUAUCAUCAACCAGUGUCUCGGACACAAGAACGGUGGCUCGUAUUCCCAGAACGGAUGGAAUGUGAGCACCGACUUCUGCCCUUAA